AUGAUGUCGGGUUUCCAGCGUCCUAUGGGUAUGGGCUAUAUGGGAAUGGGUGGCAUGGGUAUGAUGCAUUCGGCUUAUAACCCUAUGGCGAUGCAGCAGCAACCGAUGGAGGCCACCACGCAAGAUAAGGGCAAGGGACGAAUGGUCGAAUUGGACGACGAGAACUGGGAGGCGCAGUUUGCUGAGAUGGAGACCGCGGAUACUCAGAAGCUGGAUGAUGAGGCUAAUGAUGCUAUUGAGGCGGAACUGAACGAUCUUGACAGGUCAGUCUUCACCUCCAGCACUAGUAAAGAAGCAGACUACGAUGCUUUUGAAAACAUAUGGCAAAAAGUUCAAGCUGAGACGACAGCAAGCAGGAAACUGGCAGAAGAAGAUACCGAAUUUAAUGUUACUGAUAGCUUACACAUGGGAGAUAUGGGAGAGUGGGAUAACUUUGACUCUCUCAACACUCGUUUCCGAGACCCUCAGCUGGGUGAUUACAUGUUUGAAGAAGAAAACAUGUUCAAGAAUGUCAACAAUCCAUUUGAAGAAGGUGUGAAGAUCAUGCGCGAGGGAGGUAACCUCUCCUUGGCUGCAUUGGCUUUCGAAGCUGCGGUACAGAAGGAUCCUCAACAUGUGCAAGCCUGGACCAUGCUGGGAUCUGCUCAAGCUCAGAACGAAAAGGAACUCCCUGCCAUCCGUGCCCUGGAACAGGCUCUGAAGGUGGACCCGAAUAAUCUGGAUGCGCUUAUGGGGCUCGCCGUGUCCUACACAAAUGAAGGCUACGACUCCACGGCUUAUCGCACACUGGAACGCUGGCUUUCUGUGAAGUAUCCGCAGAUCAUUAAUCCCAAGGAUCUUUCAUCGGAUGCAGACCUAGGAUUCACAGAUCGCCAGAUCCUUCACGACCGAGUCACCGACUUCUUUAUCCAGGCAGCUCAAUUGUCGCCUUCGGGUGAACAAAUGGACCCAGAUGUGCAGGUCGGCUUAGGUGUUCUUUUCUACUGUGCCGAGGAGUACGAAAAGGCUGUGGAUUGUUUCUCUGCCGCCCUGGCCUCCACCGAGUCGGGAACUGUAAACCAACAGGAACAGCUUCAUCUGCUGUGGAACCGUCUCGGAGCCACUCUUGCCAACUCGGGUCGUUCUGAGGAGGCUAUCGAAGCUUACGAGCAAGCCCUGAACAUUAAUGCCAACUUUGUCCGCGCGAGAUAUAAUCUGGGCGUGUCAUGCAUCAAUAUCGGUUGCUACCCAGAAGCUGCUCAGCAUCUGUUGGGUGCGCUGUCCAUGCACCGUGUUGUCGAGCAGGAAGGCCGUGAACGCGCCCGUGAGAUUAUCGGCGGUGAUGGUGGUGUCGACGAUGAACAGCUUGAACGGAUGAUUCAUAUCAGCCAGAACCAGAGCACUAACUUGUAUGACACCCUGCGGCGUGUGUUCAGCCAAAUGGGACGUCGGGAUUUGGCCGACAUGGUCGUGGCUGGCAUGGAUGUGAAUGUCUUCCGAAAGGAAUUUGAAUUUUAA